UUCCAGGAAGUGUUAGUCUGUUAUUGAGGAUGUACACUUUAUUAUCGGGUCUCUACAAAUAUAUGUUUCAAAAGGACGAGUAUUGCGUCCUGAUCCUCGGUCUGGACAAUGCUGGAAAAACGACUUUUCUGGAACAAACAAAAACAAAAUUCAGCAAAAACUACAAGGGCAUGAACCUUUCGAAGAUCACAACUACAGUCGGCCUGAACAUCGGCACCAUUGAUGUGGGAAAAGCUCGUCUGAUGUUUUGGGAUCUUGGAGGACAAGAAGAGCUGCAGUCAUUGUGGGAUAAGUACUAUGCAGAAUCUCAUGGUGUCAUUUAUGUCAUCGACUCCACCGAUGAGGAGCGACUGGGCGAAUCGAAGAACGCUUUCGAGAAGAUGAUCAGCAGUGAAGUUUUGGAAGGAGUUCCUCUUCUUGUGCUGGCGAACAAACAGGACAUAGAGAACUGUCUGUCUGUGUCUGACAUUAAGACAGCUUUCAGCGACUGCGCUCCCAAAAUCGGUAAAAGAGACUGUCUGGUGCAGCCCUGCAGUGCUUUAUCAGGGCAGGGCGUGAAUGACGGCAUUGAAUGGAUGGUCAAAUGUGUGAUCCGGAACAUUCACCGGCCACCCAGACAGAAAGACAUCACAUAGAGCGACUUCUGUGUGUGUGUGUGUGUGUGUGUGAGUGUGUGUGUGUGUGUGUGUGUGUGAGAGAGAGAGAGAGAGUGAGUGUGUGUGUGUGUGUGUGUGUGAGAGAGAGAGAGAGAGAGAGAGAGUGUUUCUCUGUAAAUUCAGAGAGUGGAUGCAGUUAUCAUACCACAUGUAAGUUAUGAUAUUAUAUUUGGGUGAUACUCAGAGUUUGAUAUCUGUGUUGCAGACAUUGUAGCUAUUUCUAUGCUAAACUGACACUAGUUUUGUUUUCUGAUGAGUUUUUAGGUUCUCUGCUAAAACCUUCUUUAAAAUCAUGCCUUCCAAUUAAAUCAGUCAUUUAAACGUAAUGAAGACAUUCCUCAUGCAGCGUUUCAAGAGACCCAACAAAUCAAAACCUAAUUUCUAAUUACUAACCAAUUCUAUAAUAAACAGCAGAGUUGGAAAUGAAAGUAUAUGUGUCUCGGUUUAAUCAGCAUGACAGAUGUUUUCCCAACCCUUACAAAUUCAGGAAAUGCCUUAUUCUGUCAGGACUGGCCUUUAUUGAUUUACUUUUGUCUAAGCUGAAUGCAUUUUGCAUGAAGGCAGCGGUGAAUCAAUAAUCGCUGCUCAUGUAAUGAAUGUUAUUACAGCAGCAAGCAUCACAUCUGUGACCUCGGACACUUCAACCGUUCGCUUGUGUGUGUGUGUGUGUGUGUGAGAAAGAGAGUCAAUAUAAUGUUGAACAUGUGCCUCCUCUCUGCUCUGAAUGCACAUACUUUCAAGACCCAAAUCACCAGACAUUCCCAGUUUGUGUUUAAUCAGCUGAUCAGUGGUGUUUAAGGCAGACGUCACUAGUACUGUAGCUCAUAUUUAGUGUUUUUUUUGUUGUUCAGAUCUCUAACACUGAGUCUUAACAUUGAGUGCGUAUACAAGUGUUUGAGACGGAUGAUCUAAACCUGCUUAAAUCAGGCUGUUCCCUUGUGCUGUUGUUUGAGGACAGCAAGCCACUCUUCGCACGCAAGCCUUCAGGAGAGGCAUGAAUUGUGUAUGAAGACUUGUGUAAUAGUGCAUCUGCGGAUCUGGAAUGGAACUAGAAUAUUAGCGGUGUUACAAUGCAAA